UUACAACCAUACAAGCAAACGAGGUCGUGGAUCAAAUGAUCGAAGGUUUGUUGUGUGGAGGAGGAGGAGGUUAAUAAUAUUUUGAGAAGAUAUUUGCGAGAAGAAAGAAAAAACUAUCUACUGCCGAGGGUGUACAGUGUCAAAGGACACGCACACGCCCUUGUCGCACAUUCUCCUGUAGAGAUGCCAGCACUCCUUUUCCUUCAUCGUUUGGAAGUGCGGCUCCAACGGCAUCGCCUCUCCUCGCGGCGUCUCCUCCUUCGACGGCGGUGUCUCCUUCGCAAACUGUUCGACCUGCAACACACCGAAGCGACGUGAACACGAACUCUCUUCUACCUUCGAAAGCGGAGCGUCGUUGGUUGGCGGAGCUGGAACGACGACAAGAUCGAUUCGCGACAGCGUGAGAUGCGGCCUCGGCUCCUUGGUUUCCGUGGACGCGAUUGGCGUGAUCUCCGGUCUGUGAGCAUCGGACAAUAAAACGCACGCCAACACGUCGGACGGAACUGCGUCACCCCGUUUUGUUCGAAGAAUCUUCCUCGAGAUGGACGAUCUUACGAUCCCGGUGUCGAAGUUAGAAACGUUUUUUGACAAGCAGGACUUUUCCCAAGACCGUUUCGCUUUCGACGUGGCGCACCUAUUGGAGGCUCUGGAGCAAUCUUUCUCAAGGUGCGCGGUUCAAUUGCUCGACGAGCAAAUUUUCCGCAAGGUUCUGCCGAAGGCACAAGCACUUCUGUUAGAGAUUGUAAAAGAUAUAAGAGAUACAAUAACGAGCAAUAAAGCGAGGCUCGACGACUUUUUAGAAGAUGUCAAAUGCAAAUUGCGCGUCUGCGACGGCUUGCUCGCGUUUUGGUCAAAAUGCGUGGAGCACAUCCGCGCGUUAGAUGAAGUACGGGCUGUCCAUGUUGCAUCGUUAUGCGAUAUUUUGCCGGAAGCGAUCAAGAUCGUUUUCGAGCAUUGCAAAGCCAGCUCGGAAUACGGAUCGUUGCUGGGCAGUGUCGCGGGAGAAUUGAAGAAUCUGUUCGCGACGGCGGGCGCGAUCUUCAAUCUAUUCUUUGCCACUUUGAACAGUGUAAUCGUCUUCGACACGAAGGUGCAAUCGGAAACGGAGCUGUUGACGAAAGUAAUCGAUAUGUACGGUAGCGUCGCUUCUCUCACAAAUGGAAUGGACACCAAGACCUUCGUCGAACUGUCCGAGGCGUUCGCCAAAUUGGCCGUCGCUCAUCAGCACACAAUCAAUCGGAACAGCGUCGCGACGCAUUACGUUCGAAUGAUAAAAGAUGUGUCUUCUCUUUUGCAUGCCGUCAAGGAUCAGCAAAGUAAAAAGGCGGAACGAAGCGCGAUGGUUGCCACGCGUUUACUGAAGAUUCUCGAGAAAAUAACGACAGCUUACGGCACAUUUCUCACGGAAAAAACAAUGCCGGACUUGGUGGAACUGUUGGCCCAAUUACAUGGAUAUUCGUGCUUGCGUUUAACAAGAGAUGGCGAGAAGACAAUCUCAGUCGGCGCUGCUUUCUUCUUAGCUCUUUUAUUUACUUCUCACACCAAUCAUUUCAGAGAAGUAUAUUUCGACUAUGGCAAGCGUGUCUCGCUCCAUCAGGAUCGAUUGAAUUAUCAUCUGCUAACGAUCGCCGUCAUAAAAAAACUGAGUGAUUUGCCGUCGCACGUACGUCUCUGGACGAACGUAGAUUCGAUCUUGGACGUUGCUCUUACACAUAUAGAACAUAUUAAAGAAGAAAUUUGCGUCGGAGAGCUGCGAGUGCCACUCAAGUGCGAAACCAGCGAACAGCCGAUACUGGUCAGUAUAUAUGAGGCGACUCUGGUGCGCAUUUGCGGUCUGGUGAGCAAAAUAUCACCGGAAGAUUUUCACGUGUCCAUCGAGCAGAUCUUGUUGAAACACCUGCUGUCCGGUUAUCUCUGGAGUUCCCUGCUGAGCGCGGACGUUUGGUAUUUUAUCGGCAAACUCGGCACUUCCGAACUGUGCGCCAGUUACGUUAAAGAGCUGAUUAAAACCUCCGCAGUCUUUGUAAAAAGACGCGACAGUGUAGAAGCGAUCAUGUUAGACAACGUGAUUACGAGUCUCUUCGAAUUGCUGACUGACAACGCAAGGAUCAAAUUGCUAGAUUGUAUUGUCGAUCAGGAUGCGUAUCACGCACCCGUCCUGUAUGCGCUAGCGACGAAAAUCAAGUAUCCCACGGAUCGAUUGAAGCGUAAACUCGAGGAUUUGCCGAAAGCUUUCUCAGAUCUGCAAGAACGUCCUUCCGCUCGCAACUGGAACCGCCUUGUGCAACUCCUGUCCGUGAUGAUAGCGGUAGAUUACAAAAACAACGAGGAAGUUAUCGAGACGUUAAUUAAAAUCUGGAAGUUUGUGGAAAACACGAUUGCCAAAUGCGAGGGCAAACAACUGGAUGUACUGUCCGACUUGGUUGUUGUCUUGCUUGACGCCACUUGUCUCGAAAGUCUUCAGGAUGACGCUUUUUAUGCGAUUCUAACGUCUAUCGCGUCCUUGUCCGUCUAUCUGCCUUUGCGAGAUAGAAUCAAGGUCUGUCAUCUGUUGCAACGCUCGGUCGAGAAUCUCGAUCGUUGCAAGACCAAGAACGUUGCUUCCGCUUUAAUCAAGCUGUUUGCUCGUUUUCUGGACGAUAUCGAUCCCUGGGUUCGUCAAGAAGCUCUCAGGACUUUUGAGUGUGUGGGACAUGUAUGUUCGGAGGAUCUGGUCGCAAGGAUAGCAAAGGCUCUGGCCAAGAUAUCAACCGUCAGCAGCAUCGUACAGGCGUAUUUGUCCGUGAGACCGUGUUACGAUCUCAAAGGUUUCACAGACGCUCAGGACUAUCUCAGACACGUGGCUAGAAUCGCUCGAGAUUAUUGCCACAAGCACACAUGUCACGAAUACAACGAAUUCGAAAGAGAGGAGAAAGUACCAAGGUUAGAGGAUGAGGAGAACGAUAUAGCGAUAUCGCACGAUUCUUAUGAUUCACCGAUGAUGAUCCACUUGGACAAACAAGCAGAGGAGCUGUACGGAGGAUUAAAGAAGGUUCUCGAAGGCCAAGCCGUAAUCAGUGACGCAAUCUGUGGAAAAUUGAUAACCGUUCUGCAAGCAAUUCAUCGAGCUUGAAAAUGAAAUUUUUCUAAAUUGGUUGUAGGUUUCCGCAAUAUGAAAAGAAUUCGCUUGCGAUAACAAAACACUAUCGUCAUUUUCUAAUAAUAAAUGAGCAAAAAAGUAAUAAAUAGUAAAAGCUACAUUGAAAAAUUGUUUUGAAAAAUAUUUA